CAAUGGAUGCCAGGUGGUGCUGGCAGAUGUCAUGCUCUAUGUGUUACUCUGUAACAUUGAAGAGUUUAUACAUAGUAGCAGUAUUGUCAGUCUCAUGUAAAUUAAAAAAAAAAAAAAAACUGAUGUUCACAGAGAUCAAAUGACAUGCGUAACGUCACACUGCUAGGAAAUAUCUUUUCAAAAAUUUAAAUCUUUGUUUGUCUGACUCCGAAGUGCUUUUCUCACCAUACGACACCAUUUCAUCAUAACAUCUCUGAAUCAAAAUCCAUCUUAAUCAGAGCCAGGAAAAACAAUAUGACUCCAAUUAACCAGAGUGCACAGAGAUUGAGGAGUUCUGGCUAAUGUUUUCAUUAACUAAGAUGUAACUCUUGUCUUAAUUCAUCCAAAAGCUUUCUAACAGUUAUCAGUUCACUUUCCACCCUAAGUCAGCACAGUAUAAUGUAAUCUUGCCUUGAUGAUUCAGGAUCUUAUGUGUCUCAGAGCCAUCAUUAUAAACAGUUGUUGCUACUGAGAAAUUUUGAAGUGAAUGCAGAAGAUACAGGCAAUUGGGCUGAAUGCAUGGGGAGUUGGGGAUUACUUGGAGGACAAAUUCAAUUAUACUGUAAUCAUCUAACUUUUCUGUAGUCAGAAUGGAAAAAGGCCCCGAAAUUGAGACUAAUCAAAUGUUUCAGUUGAGGUGGGUUCUAAUCAAUCGAGUUUACUUCAAUUUGUGUAACUAGCUGACAAACUUCAUUAAAAGUGACUGUUUUCUUCUUGCCACUUGGCAAAAAACAGAAAAAAAAAAAAAAUGAAGCUUUCCCUGAUUCCUGUGUACAGUUGUGUUACCCCAUCAUCAGGGAGAGAAAUGAACUGUAUAAUUACUGUUUGAGACAUGAAUCAUCCUUGCUCGGAGGGUCCAGACCUGUUUGACUCUAUAAAAGGAGCUCAAGGUCGAAGUGCAAACAUGCACUGUCUGUCAUCCCCCAGGUUGAUAUAAUUACCAAGCUACUGUGAGGGGAUGAAGGUGCUCCCUGCAUCUGGCCUUGCUGUCCUCCUUAUCAUGGCUUUGAAGUUUUCCACUGCAGCCCCCUCCCUAGUUGCAGCGUCCCCCAGGACCUGGAGGAACAACUACCGCCUCGCACAGGCAUAUGUUGACAAAUAUUACACAAAUAAAGAAGGACACCAGAUUGGUGAGAUGGUUUCGAGAGGAGGCAAUUCCAUGGUAAGGAAGAUUAAGGAGCUGCAAGCGUUCUUUGGCCUCCAAGUCACUGGGAAGUUAGACAAGACCACAAUGGACGUGAUCAAGAAGCCUCGCUGUGGAGUUCCUGAUGUGGCCAAUUAUCGCCUCUUCCCAGGUGAACCCAAAUGGAAAAAAAAUACUUUGACAUACAGAAUAUCUAAAUACACACCAUCUAUGAGUCCUGCUGAGGUGGACAAAGCAGUGGGGAUGGCCUUGCAGGCCUGGAGUAGCGCCGUUCCUCUGAACUUUGUUAGAAUAAACGCAGGAGAAGCGGAUAUUAUGAUAUCUUUUGAAACUGGAGAUCACGGGGAUUCCUAUCCAUUUGAUGGGCCUCGGGGGACUCUAGCCCAUGCAUUUGCUCCUGGAGAAGGCCUGGGAGGAGAUACACAUUUCGACAAUGCUGAGAAGUGGACUAUGGGAACGAAUGGUUUUAAUUUGUUUACCGUUGCUGCUCAUGAAUUUGGCCAUGCCCUGGGCCUGGCCCAUUCCACAGACCCAUCAGCACUGAUGUAUCCAACUUAUAAGUACCAGAAUCCCUAUGGAUUCCACCUCCCCAAAGAUGAUGUGAAAGGGAUCCAGGCAUUAUAUGGACCUCGGAAACCAUUCCUGGGAAAGCCCACUGUGCCCCAUGCCCCGCCUCAUAAGCCAUCCACCCCCGACCUCUGUGACUCCAGCUCAUCCUUUGAUGCUGUGACAAUGCUGGGGAAGGAGCUCCUGCUCUUCAAGGACCGGAUUUUCUGGAGACGGCAGGUUCACUUGCGGGCAGGAAUUCGGCCCAGCACUAUUACCAGCUCCUUCCCCCAGCUCAUGUCCAAUGUGGAUGCAGCUUAUGAAGUGGCUGAGAGGGGCACUGCUUACUUCUUCAAAGGUCCCCACUACUGGAUAACGAGAGGAUUCCAAAUGCAAGGUCCUCCUCGCACUAUUUAUGACUUUGGAUUUCCAAGGCACGUGCAGCGAAUAGAUGCUGCUGUCUACCUCAGGGAGCCACAGAAGACCCUUUUCUUUGUGGGAGAUGAAUACUAUAGCUAUGAUGAAAGGAAAAGAAAAAUGGAAAAAGACUAUCCAAAGAAUACUGAAGAAGAAUUUUCAGGAGUAAAUGGCCAAAUCGAUGCUGCUGUAGAAUUAAAUGGCUACAUUUACUUCUUUUCAGGACCAAAAACAUACAAGUAUGAUACAGAGAAGGAAGAUGUGGUUAGUGUGGUGAAAUCUAGCUCCUGGAUUGGUUGCUAAAUAGAAAAGCCUGGUCUUCCCAACAAUGAGGAUGAUGGCAAGCAGCUUCUAACUGUAUCUUAAGGACUAAAGCAGAAUGUAGGAUAGGGAUUCUUCCCAUGGCCUUCAAGUCAAAUUAGAAUUCAUUGAAAAUAAUGUUUCCAAAUUUUUUCAUAGUUGUAUAUUCGGAAUUUUCAUCCACAUUAGAAAGUGUCUAUAUGGGCAAUUUUAUACAAAAUCCAAAACAACACAAUGCACUCUCCAGUUAGACGCCAUUACUUUUUUCUUACCUAAUAUACUGAAGCAGAUCAGUUUGAUUUUUAUUUCCAGGAGGAAGCCUAGUGGUAAAUUCCAUGACAUAUACUAUAAUUCUUUUUAUAGGAAAUGUUGUUACUAUACAAAUUAUAAUUAUUUUGCAAGCAAUGGCUUUUGUGGCCAUGAUUUGGCCAUCAUUUGUUAUAAUGAAUACAAAUUUCCCAAUUUUUACUUAAAAGACAUCACAACAAAAUACUGUAUAAGAUUUGUUUCUAGUUUGUUUAAUUUGUGUCUACUCACUGGUCUCUGAUGUAGGCUUAGGUGGAUAAACCUAUUCAAACAAAUUUUCAUAGGAGGCAAGAGAUGGGUACUUUGCAACAGGAAAAUUUUUAACAAAAGCUAAUAAAAUGUUUGAAUAGAACAGUUCCUCAUUUCUUUUUUCUGUUAAUAUUUACUAGCUUCUAUAAUACUUUAUUUAGCCACCCACAAAUUCUGUGUACCCAUAGAAAAAUUAAACCAUAAGAUAGCAUCAUAAGUACACAGACCCAGAAAAAAUAACAGUAACUUAUUCGACUUCCUUCUUCCUGAAAAUAGACUCAGUGAAACUAUCUUUGACCCAGCUAAGUGAGUGUCUUUUGAAUAGUCUUCCAUUCAGGGGAGUUCACCUUUUUGUUUUAGUUAUUCUUACUUCAAGCUUAACCUUUUUUCCCCUACCUAGACAUCAGUAUAGGUAAAACUAUGGCUGUCUGUCAUUCUUAUAAUUUUGCCCUAAUCUUACUCUCUAGAAUGUAAGGAUUCUAAAAUAUUUUAAUGGUUCUAAAAUUGAAUGAUAAAAUACUUGGAAUACUUUAUAGACCUCCUGGUACAUCUACAGUGUUUAACAGAUGCUACUAUUGUUACCACCAUUUAUGACAUUUGGUUCAUACACUCACUUAAAAGACCUGAUAUUAAGAAGGGAUGGAGUAGUUACUCAAGGUUAUUCCAUAAUUUUGAUUUGAUUUCUGUUACUGAAAGUGGCCAUUUAUAGCCAACCAGAUGUUGCAUAUUUGUUGAAGACAAAGUCUGUCAUCCUUGCCUUCUAAUGUCAAGGUGCUUCUAUAGAGGUGAAAAGUCACUUUUGCAACUGCUAAGACGGACUUCUUACUAUAAAUAAGCAAGGAGGAAAACAGGCUGGCAAUUUCUUUAAAUGUUUAACAUAGAUUUAUCUUAUGACACAGCAAUUUCACUCCUAAAUAUAUACCUAUGAGAAAUUAAAAUGUCUACACAAAAAACUUGCACAUAUUCAUAACAUCGUUAUUUAUAAUAGCCAAAGCAUGAAAAAAUGUCCAUUAAGUAAUAAAUGAAUACAUAAAAUGUGGUAAAUUCAGACAAUUGAAUGUUAUUUGACAAUAAACAGAAAUGAAGUCCUAACACAUGCUAUAACAUGGAUAAAGCUAGAAAACAUCAUGCUAAAUGAAAGAAGCCUGACACAAAAGGUCACAUAUUGUAUGAUUCUAUUUAUAUGAAAUAUUUAUACAGAAAGCAGACCAGUGCUUGUCAGAAGUUGGAGGAAGGGGUUAAAAAGAGUGACUACUAAUGGGUAUGGGGUUCUUUUUUUGGGAUAAUGAAAAUGUUCUAAAACUGACAAUGGUGAUAGUUUUACAACUCUGUGAAUAUACUGAAAGCCAUUAAAUUGUACACUUUAAAUGAGUGAAUUUUAUGUUAUGUUAACUAUAUCUCGAUAAAGCUGUCACAUUAAGAAAAUAAACAAGGAGAUCAAAGUGGUGUGAUGAUUCAUGGAGGUCAUGCAUUCUGGCAGCUGUGUCAGGGACCACAUGACAAUGGAACACCAGCCUGAAGACAUCUAGUGCUGCACACAACCAGCCAGAUGUUCUCCUCAUUUCUGGCACUAACCCAGAACUGUGCAUAAAGAAGACACUUUACUAGUCAAUGAAUUCACUGAAAGCAAUAAAGCAUAUGCUCUCAGGUCUGGCUGAUGGAUUCAAACUCCACAUCUUCUAUUUUCAACUGUGUGAUAUUGACCAAAUUCCCUCAUCCUCAUCCUUGUCUCAGUGUCUUCUUUUAUAAAAAUGGAAUAAUGGCAGUUUUUACCUCCUAAGGAUAUUCAGAGGCUUACAGGUAUGAGUUAAAAUAUGCAAAGUAGUCCCUGGCACUCUACAGAGGCUCCAUAAUUAUUGUUGUUGAAGCCAUUAGAGUUCAUUUUGUUUUGUGAUAUUUUGAAGCAUUUGUAUAUAUCCCUUGAGAUAACUAAAGAUCUGAUGAGCUAUAAUAUCACAAGAAUUGAUCAUCAAUGAUCUGAAAUUUUUCUCUUCCAAAUGUUAAAUUAAAUCAAAUAAUUUAAAAAUACUAUGUUUAGCCCCCAUCUCCAAAGUAUAAUUCUUACAAAUCAUCAUUUUAUUGAGUUAAAGAAUUCUUGGCUCUUAGGCCAGGCAUGGUGGCUCACACCUGUAGUCCUAGCACUUUGGGAGGCCAAGGUGGGUGGAUCACUUGAGCUCAGGAGUUUG